GGCUGAUAAAAGGAGCGAGCUGUCGCUCCUCGGGGCUUCUACGGCAGAGCCUGGAUGAUCUGUGUCGAAAUUGGUUGGAUCCAUCAAGGAGCGACUCUGAGGAGAGGAGAAGCCUGUUCCCCCCCGGGCUCAGGAGCCACCUAGAACCUUGAGGACUCAUCCAUCAUCCUCCUGGGAUUGUCAUCACCCCUGACUAGUGAGAUCACGUUUCAUUGUAGACAUUUUAGGUACGUUCAACGAGGUAAAGGCAGCACGGAAAGGGACAGGAGCAGAAUCAAUAGACUUAUCAGGAGAGCAAGCUCUGUCCUGGACGGUCCUCUGGUCUCCGGGGAGGAAGUGGGGGAGAGAAGGAUGUUGGCUAAGUUGACAUCCAUCAUGGACAACACCUCUCACCCGCUACAUGACACUGUUGUUUCCCUGGGCAGCUCCUUCAGCAGCAGACUGUUACACCCACGGUGUAAGAAGGAGAGGUUCCGCAGGUCCUUCAUACCGACCGCUGUCAGGCUCUACAACACCUGCACCACCUGAACCAUGUUGUAGUCACUAUGCAUUCUUUACACUGUACUCUUUACUUGCGUAUCUUGCUUGCUUGCUGCUGUAAAUUUCUCCGCUGUGGGAUAAAUAAAGUACAUACAUACAUACAUUCACCAGGCAAGGAGAGUUCUUCAAAAUGGCCGAGGAAGACGCUGACCAGUUUGUCGACGGGAACAACUGCGGUCUAAAGCUCUACGAUAACAUCUACCAGAAGCUGUACGACUACCAGAGGGACGGCGUGGCCUUCUUGUACGGCCUCUACAGAGACGGGAAGAAAGGUGGAAUUCUGGCAGACGACAUGGGCCUGGGCAAGACCAUCCAGGUCAUAUCCUUCCUGUCCUUCUGAAUGUACGACAGUGAGCUGGUAAAGCACACGCUGCUGGUCAUGCCCAAGUCACUCAUCAGCAACUGGACCAAGGAGUUUGCCAAAUGGGCUCCUUUCAUGACGGUCAAUCACGGCACCAACAAGGCAAAGCAGACCAGGAAUCUGGAGGAGGUCCAGAGGACAAGCGGUGUGGUCAUCACCACGUACGCGAUGCUGCUAGACAACUCGCGGCAGCUGUCGUCCUACCAGGGUAGAAAGUUCACGUGGGACUACGUGAUCUUGGACGAGGCCCACAAGCUUAAGAAUCACAAAACCAAAACGGCCCAGACGGUCCGUAAACUUCACUCCAAAAACCGAGUGCUGCUCACUAGCGCCCCCAUCCAGAACCACCUCCGAGAGAUGUGGGCUCUCUUUGACUUUGCCUGUAAAGGAACUCUGCCUAGCAAAGCCAAAACCGUCAUAAUGUUGUACGAGAACCCCAUCACUCGAGCACUGUACAAGGACGCUACACCAGAGGAAAAGGCCCUGGGUUCCAGGAAGUCCAAGGAACUUAUGUCCAUCAUCAAUCCCUACUUCCUUCGCAGGACAAGGUCCGUGCAGCAGAAUGAAAAUGCAGAAGUGGGCCAAGACCACCGUGGGGCCACUAUGCCUUCACUUCCAAGGAAGAAUGAGUUGAUUGUUUGGACGUACCUUAGUCCUGUCCAGGAGGACAUCUACAAGGAGUUAAUUUCCCAGGACGAAAUAAAGGAGCUACCUAAGCUGACGUACAUGAGGAUGCUGUGCGACCACCCGAGGUUGCUCCCUGCUGGAGUCAUCACCAACUUAGGUCUGGAGUUGGGCAAUGGGAACGACGACAAAACACUGAUAUCCAAAUCCAGGAAACUGGUCUUCCUGUUGGCUCUCCUUGAAUGUCUCAGAGAGGAAGGUCACCGCACGCUGGUCUUUUCUAACUUCCGUACAAUGCUGGACAUCAUCGAGCGCAUCCUUAGCAACCGAGAGAUCAAGGCUCUCAGGAUGGACAGAUCAAUCAAGAAGGAGGAGAGAGAGUGCCUCAUCACCCUCUUCCAGAAGGACCACACGUACUUUGUCUUCCUUCUCACCACUCAGGUGGGCGGAGCAGGCAUCGACUUGACGGCAGCAGACCGAGUCAUCAUCUUGGAUCCCAGCUGGAACCCUGUGACGGACGCCCAGGCAGUGGACAGGGCGUACGUAAAGAACGUGGUCAUCUACAGGCUGAUCUCGUGCGGCAUGGUGGAAGAAAAGAUCUACAGACGGCAGAUUUUCAAGGAAUCACUCAUCAGGCAGAACACGGGAGACCUAAAGUACCCCUUUCGUAACUUCAGAAAGCAGGAGGAGCUCUUCACCCUGGAGGACACACAGUCGUCCUCCACGCAGCAGCUGCUUCAAUCCAUGCACUCCAAACACAGACACACCGACCCUGAACUGGACCGCCUCAUCGUCCUCCUACACACCAUGGAGAUGUUUGGCAUUUCUCAUCACAACCUCUUGUUUUCCCUCAAGACAGACCACUCAAGAUUCAUGAGAGUUUUAUUGUCAUGUGCAUGGUAAAACAGCAGUUAUACUAUGCAAUGAAAAUCUUAUUCUGUUCAUUCUUCCAAGAAAAGAAAGAAAACACAAGAAAGAAUAAGAACAUAAGAAACAUAAACAUGUAUACCAAUAAAUUAAGCAACAACAACAGAAGAGACAUUAAUACAAAUAAAUAUACAAAUAAAUAAAUAAAUAAAGUGCUAUGAGUGUGUGUUGCGUGUGGCGUGUGUGAGUGCUUCGUUGAGAAGCCUGAUGGCCUGUGGGUAAAAGCUGUUUGCCAGCCUUGUAGUCCUGGACUUCAAACUCCUGUAGCGUGAAUAAUGAGUGUUGUGGAUGUGUGCUGUCCUUGAUGAGGUUGUGUGUUCUGCGUAGGAUUCUAGUUUUAUAAAUAAAUGUCUUGCAGUGAGGGGAGGGCUGCACCAACAAUGUGCCAAGUCUUGAUCACCCGCUGGAGUGCCUUCCUAUCACGUGUUGUACAGUUACCGUACCAAACAGUGAUGGAGGCGGUAAGGACACUUUCCAUAGUGCAUCUGUAGAAGCAACUCAGG